GUCUCCUCACAGUUUCAACCUACAAUCAUGGCCCGUAUCAUCCUACUGCUAGCCGCAACGUUAUUCCCCGUAGUAUUCGGUCAAUCGACAGGAUUCCAUCCGCUUCGUCCCUGGUGGAACUUCCGCGCCUCCGGCGUUGGUCGAGUUGUCGGCGGUUACGAAGUCAACGUCACCGAUGUUCCGUUCCAGGUGUCUUUGCAGAACAGUUACGGUCAUUUCUGCGGUGGAUCGCUAGUUUCGGAACGUUGGGUGCUGACAGCCGGUCACUGCGCAAGCUCUCGGGAUCGUGGCCUCCAAGUUCGCACCGGUUCCAACUGGCAUGCCUCCGGUGGACGGGUGUACAAGGUGAAAACCGUUCACCAGCAUCCGCAGUACAAUCCGGUCACCGUUGACUACGAUUUCAGUCUUCUGGAGUUGGAACAAGCAGUUACUUUCACCGAAGGUACUCAAUCCGUUCAGUUAGCGAAACAGGACGAGCCGGUUCAGGAUGGCGCUUGUCUGCAGGUUUCGGGCUGGGGUGUUACCCAGAAUCCAGCGCACUCACGUGAUGUGCUACGGGCUACCAACGUUCCGGCGGUGUCGCAGAAGGAAUGCAAUCGUUCCUACCAAGGAGUCAAUUACAUAACCGAUCGGAUGGUUUGUGCUGGUUACAAGGAAGGUGGUAAGGACGCCUGCCAGGGCGAUUCCGGUGGCCCGUUGGUCCAGGGUAACACAUUGGUCGGUGUUGUUUCUUGGGGACUUGGUUGUGCUGAGCCCGGAUACCCUGGUGUGUAUUCUCGCGUGGCUUCCGUUCGUGACUGGGUUAAGCAAGUCAGUGGAGUGUAAGAGAUAAUAGGACUGUAAUGUAAUGGAUUUGUGGAAAAUGGAUUAAGCAAUAAAUGUAAUGAGUCAAAGAAAA